AAUUUUUAUGCAAUUUUGUAAGUCGGUUAAUGUUGUCAAAGUGCUUGCUUAUUACCGUAUUAAUUUUUUAUUCUACGUAUUUAUUCAUAUAAUUUAUACCUAAAUACAUUUUAAAGCAAUGUCAGAUGCUGAAGACGAUUUUAUGUGUGACGACGAUGAAGAGGAUUAUGGUUUGGAAUAUUCUGAAGAUAGUAAUUCAGAACCGGAUGUAGAUUUAGAGAACCAAUACUACAACAGCAAAGCUCUUAAGGAAGAUGCCCCAAGGCUUGCACUAGCAUCUUUCCAAAGAGUAUUAGAUUUAGAAAGCGGUGAAAAAGGUGAAUGGGGUUUUAAAGCCUUGAAGCAAAUGAUCAAAAUAAAUUUUAAGCUGGGAAACUUUAAUGAAAUGAUGGUUCGUUACAAGCAACUGCUAACAUACAUUUAA